UUUCAAACCACUGCUCACUUUUCCUGUCUCAUCCUGGAUUCUAGAUAUAAGUCUUUUAUCUCUUUCAAUAAUGUGAACCAAUGUCCUCCGUCGUACGCCCCCCAGAUCCAUGUCUCGUCGCGAUAAUUCUCAUUACUUGUUCCCGAGCCGGCCCAAGAUUCGUAUAUCAUUAUCCUCCUAAUCCCUCCAUCGCAAGCGCCCCCUCUCGCAGCAACUCUCGCACUAAACCGAGCCCAAGAGCCUCUGACUCCAGUCCUUCAAGUGAUAACGAAGAGGGCUCCAGUUCUGAUGAAGAUGAUUUAAGUCAAACCCCAAGGAUAGGUUCUCCGCGGCCUACGAAUGUUCGGCGUUUAUCGUCCGGAAGCCCUUCAACAAAAGCAGCUUCGCAGCAGCGGAAAUCAAAUCUGGGAGGCUCGGAGCUAGAUGAUACUGAGACUCCACGCGAUGGCAGACGAAGUGAACGUUCGCAUGAACUGGAGAACCCUCCAUGGGACUCUUUCCUGGGCUUGGGGACCGAUGUGUGGGAGAAGCUGUUGUGUCCAUCGUCUUCUUGGCACAAGAGAAGAUUUGAGGUCGGGGUCAAUGAUCUCACUUUCGUGGGAUGGCCAGUUUUUGUCAGGGAGGAUGGAACGUGGAGAAAGAAGAGGAAAAAGAAGAAGACGAGAGCAGGAGAUUCAGUUUUGGAUACGGCUCCCACCCUGGGAUCUGAAAAGGGUGGAUAUGCGGACGGUGGAGAGAAACUUGAAUCUGAACGCGAUCCUAAUGUCGACGGCCGAUCCGACAAGGACGAAGAGCCCAGCCGGUCAUUAAUAGAAAGCCAUCCCGACGAGGAUGGGUCUGUCACGGAUGGAACUAAGGAUGCUAUGACAAUGUUCAAUGUUGUCUUCGUGAUGAAUCCGCCCAUUUUGGAGCACAAUCUGCGAAUCAAGGAGAACUACGACAACGUCAUUAAGAAAUUUGGAAAGGGGUUAAAAUCCGAACAGGCGACAGCUAAUUAUGUCUGGAAAGAGGCCCAGAAAAUCCUUCAUAUCAAGGAGAAGGGUCGUGAGAAUAAAUCCUCCUUAUCAUCUGUUUAUGAGGAGCUAUUGUCACAAUCCUCUCUGGCACAGGCGAUUGCGACCAUCUAUCGAAGUAUAUCAACUUCGAAGAUCGCGUCUAUCACCCUCACCCCCCAUACAACAAUGAGUCUUCAGAUACCUCCUCUUACAUCUACUCCGUACCUCCCUGGCCCCAUGGAGCCCGCCUACCCGGGAUUAUGGCUCACUACCGCAGAUAGCCUCUCAGCUACGGAUGAAGUAACUGAAAUGGAAUAUUCUGGUCCGAGCAAGGUAUUAGCGAAACAUUUUGCGCUUCUUCUCCUCAGCGAUGAAGCGUCGAUAUUGAAGGAUAUAGAAGCUUCAAUGGGCACCCUAGGGCCACCAUUGGCUCAUUAUAUCCGGUCGUCAAAGCCCACCAAAUCAUUCGCCCAGAUUUCCGCGCGCUCAUCGAUUCCGCUAAACGAUAUCCAAGUGCUUGCAGCCCACCUAAUUUAUUGGCGCCGAGCUCGAGCUGUACCCCCGCUCAACAAGCAAGACACAUAUAUCGUUUCCCCUAAUUGUGACUUGAGUAAACUGGGGUUAGCGACAGCAGCAUAUGAGUUGGCAUUUCCGACAAUGCCCAGUCUCCCUAAGAUGCUGGCAGUUUUAAGCGGUACACCACGGCCUUAUGCCAGCUUUAUUCCCAGCAGAGACCACAAAGGUAUCUACUAUGAUAUUCUUGCGUGGUUGAUGAGGGGAGGCUGGGUCACCCAGCUUCGCACGUUUGGCUGGAUAAAGGUGGACCAAGAACUGAAGAGUGCUGUUGAGGAAGCGCUCGCAAGUGAGGAAGCCAAAGAAAGAGAGGAGGAACUGGCUUCUUCUACAGCUACGGUCAUUAGGGUAAAUGAGCCCCAGACUGACGACGGCGCAUCGACAUCAUCAUCGUCUUUGGACAGUGAGCAUAGCAAUGCCACCCCUGUUCAAGAAAGAUUUGCACAUUUCCAGGGGCACCAGAAGGGACACGACCCGGCACAAAUCUCGUCAUUAAUUCUCCGGCCGCAUCGGGCGUCCCCGCUCGAGGCAAGAUGGCUCGAUGAAAUCAUAUCCCGCUUUCCGGACGACCAUCUGGCCGACAGAGCGAACGAGAGCGAGGAUUUUGAAGGUGAAGUAUCGAUCCAUCGAUACUGGAAUGCCUUUACAAAAUACUUCAACGGAACAGACGCGCUGGAGAAGAUACCUGUUCGAGAAGGCCUAAGCCGGAAGCUUGUAUGGAGGUUGCUGUCCCGGAUUGAUAUCAGCUCAAACCCAGCUGAUGGCGAGGUGCAUCGUAAUGAGAAAGUACUGGUUACGGUCCGGCAUUGGUGAUAGACCUGUCGAGGACGGGCGGUUGCACGGCGCGGUAAUUAUCAGUUUCCUUUUAAUAAAGAACGGAUAACAGUGUAACGCACUGCCAUGAAUUAAAAUCGAUAAGCCAAUAGGCGUUUC